UGCGGGCUGGCGGAGCAGCGCCUGCCUCUUUGGGAUGGUCCGGGUGGUAGCUGCCGACACUGCUAGGCGUACGAGGCCCCGGGCAAGGGCUGAGGAGUCUGUGCCAGAGAUGAAUCGAGCCACGCAAUGAAGCCAGGGGGGUGCUCGCAGGCCCAAGACGCUGCUCACAUAUUCGGGGUGCCUCCUGCACCUCGACCUGGGCCUGAAGCCUUUUACCAGCCUUUGGCACUGCCUCCUGGAGGAGCUUGGCAGGCCCAGGCGGUGGCUGUGCGCGCCACCCGUGGGUGUCCCGGCCGACGGGAGAGACGGCCCGUUUCUCGGCUCGGGGCCGGCAGGGCAGCUUGGCCUGAGCUCCAGCAGGAGAGCAGCUUCCGAGAGGCGAGCACUGGGGGGCCGAGGAGAUGGAAGAACAGGUGUUCAAGGGGGACCCAGACACUCCUCAUUCCAUCUCCUUCUCCGGCAGUGGGUUUCUCUCCUUCUACCAGGCCGGGGCCGUGGAUGCCCUUCGAGACUUGGCCCCCCGGAUGCUGGAAACCACCCAUCGCUUUGCUGGGACGUCAGCAGGUGCAGUGGUCGCAGCUCUGGUCAUCUGUGGGAUUGAAAUGGAUGAGUACCUCAGAGUCCUCAAUGUAGGUGUCGCGGAGGUGAAGAAAUCCUUCCUGGGGCCCUUGUCACCGUCCUGCAAGAUGGUGCAGAUGAUGCGGCAGUUUCUGUACAGGGUCCUGCCGGAGGACUCCUACAAGGCGGCCACAGGGAAGCUCCACGUGUCCCUCACUCGCUUCACAGAUGGAGAGAGUGUCGUGGUUUCAGAGUACACAUCCAAGGAAGAGCUCAUCGAGGCCCUCUACUGCAGCUGCUUUGUCCCCGUGUACUGUGGCCUCAUCCCCCCAACUUACCGUGGUGUGCGCUACAUUGACGGGGGCUUCACAGGCAUGCAGCCCUGCUCCUUCUGGACUGACGCCAUUACCAUCUCCACCUUCAGCGGGCAGCAGGACAUCUGCCCCCGGGACUGCCCCGCCAUCUUCCACGACUUCCGCAUGUUCAACUGCUCCUUCCAGUUCUCGCUGGAGAACAUCGCCAGGAUGACCCAUGCCCUGUUCCCGCCGGACCUGCUCAUCCUGCACAACUACUACUACCGAGGAUACGAAGAUGCUGUUUCCUACUUGAGGCGUUUGAAUGCUGCUUACCUCAAUUCUCCCUCCAAGAGAGUGAUGUUCCCCCGUGUAGAAGUGUACUGCAAUAUAGAACUUGCCCUUGGCAAUGAGUGCCCUGAACGCAGCCAAACAAGCCUCCAAACGGAGCAGGAAGAAUCCAUACAACCUCACACACAGUGGGCUCCUGAAGGGGAAGGAAAGUGCAGCCACGGUCCACUUGUGUCCUCACCUGUGCAGACACCUGAAUCCACACACGAGUGGCCUGCUGAGUCACCUGUUUCACCACCUGUCUCUUCAUUUGAGCAGUCACCUGCAUCUCCACUGGCCUCAUUACCAUCACAUUCCCCAUCUGACUUGCCCCCUCUCUCACUCCCAGCUGUGCCCUUACCACUCAGCUCCACAGCUGUGCUGUCACGUGUAUCAGCACAGCAGCGGGUACAAACGACUGGAUCACCGCCAAGAUCCCCACCCUCCCCGGCAUCUCUGUCACCCAGGCCAUCCCUGGGGCCUUCAUCUGUAGGGGCAUCUCAAACACUGCCCCAGUGUUCUCCUUCAGCGUCAUCUGCACAGCCACCUGUGGAGGAAUUGGGCCCAGAACAGCCCCAAGCUCCCCUUGCCUCUUCAAAUCUGAAAGGCGCCAUGUCCUUGGUUAAUGUGAAGGAAACCACCAGCAAGCCUCGUGCAAUGGGGAGCCCUACUGAAGACUCCAACUGGAUGAGCAAGAUGUUCAAGAAGAACAAACAAAAGACAAGUAGCACCAGAAAAGGCUUCCCAAGACACCCACCAUCCAAAAAAACAGGCGGCAAAGUGCAGUCUGCUCCCUGCCCACUCGACUUCUCUCUGCUCUCCACUUCCAAGACAGUUUGGGUCACCUACAGGCCUCACCCCAGCUGGAUCCAGGAAUACAGCGACCCUGAGGAAGCUGUGAACAAGGAGAGAACUUGAGCUGGAAUGGGAGAGAACAUGAUGACCUCAAGGUAGAGCCUUCUCCCCAAGGCUCUCAGACGCAUCCCCCUC